CGUGAUUUGACAAAUAAUUUUUCAAAAACCGCUAGUGAUACAGUGUGUUUGUACUAUACUAUAUUUAAAAGUAAAAGAAUAAUAUAGUCCUUUGACAAAAAUCAUAAACUAGAACCUCAACAGUAAUCUUUAAGUUUUUAACUUGAUCAAUUUCAUAAUUCACAAUGAGUUUCGGAUUGCCGUCUGUGAAAGUUAAGCCAGAACAGGCAAGCGAGUGCAAAAUACGAGAUGGUCCUUAUGGAAUUCCUAAUCCUUUUGUCGAAGGGCUAACCGCUGCGAAACCCAAAUUACACGUCUCGCAUCCUUUGGAGGCCUCAGAACGCAAUUAUCAUCUUAAUGAAGAGAAAAUGAACAUGGCAAUGUUGAGGAACAUCCAAGGACUCCACGCUCCACUCAAACUGACUAUGGAAAGGAAGUUUGCAAAAAAGAUUGGCUUUGAAGACAUCCUCAAUCUCCCCGACAUGUGUGAGGCAGCCGCACAGCCUCAUGCUGUUGUAGAAAGAUCACUUGGUUUAUUGUAAAACUUAAUGGUUGUUAAUUAUCAACUUUUUAAAUGUACAUUUUCUAUUAAAAUGAUUAAAUAAGUA